UUAUAAGAGAGGCAAAAGCGAGCUAGAUAUUAGAUAAGAUGGGGUACAAUUCAUUCUUAAGGAGCCCAAAGAAGGAAGAACAACAAGUUCCAGAUGCCACAGUCAAUGAAUUCAACGACACCAAAGAAAGCUACGGACAUGGAGAGAUUGAUAUUAUGGAUGAACUAGAAGGUAUUUUGGGUAUUGAAAAUGAAGAAAAAUUAGCAGGAAAUAAUAUAAAUGGUCGACUCAGUUGGGACUUCAUGGACUGGGAAGGCGGAGAAGAAGAAGAUGAAGAGGACGAAAGAGACAAGAAAGUUUAUACAGGCAAAUUCUUCUUCAAAGAAGAAAGUGAAUAUGGCAAAGUUGUAAAGAAAGAAAAUCUUGGUUUCUGGGAAGAUGAUGAGAAGAGGGUUUCUUUGAACUUGAAUUUGAAUUAUCAAGAUGUCUUGGAAGCAUGGUCGGAUCGUGGGCCUCCUUGGGCUGAUGAUUAUUCGAUUUCAAUGGCGAGCAAUGGCUACUAUAUGGGAGAGGUGCCUGUGAUGGAAGAAGAAAGAACAAGAAGGGAAGCAAGUGUUCUCAGAUACAAAGAGAAGCGUCAAACUAGAUUGUUCUCCAAGAAGAUAAGGUAUCAAGUCCGCAAACUCAAUGCAGAUAAAAGACCAAGGCUCAAGGGCAGGUUUGUGAAGAGAGUUUCCUAGGAAGAUCAUAACCCAGAACGAUCUUUCAAAUAUCUCAUAAAAUAUCUUUUACUCCGUCAACUUUUUCAUGCAUUAUAUAUGCUUUACCGUCAUGUUUGUCUCAAUGAAAAAUAUCUUUUCCAACUCUCGCCCACAUAUAUAUGUGAAAUAUCUUUUCAUCCCAAACUUUCUGCACUUCCGAAUGGAGCUUUCUAUCGUGGACCUAACCUCUAUAAUGCAGAUAAUUGACCAGACUAUUCAUGCCCAAGAUUGGUCUAUUUCUGGCACUUGUGAUGGACUGCAUCAACGACAAUUCACCAAGGCCUGGCAAUGUUUUUUAUUGUAUAUAUUAUUUUAUAUAUAAAUCAAAACGUCAAAUGUCAGUGAAUUAUUUGGCAGGGAAAUGCAUCAAAUAUUGUGGGAACUGGGGACUAAACUACUGAACCGUACAGUGGUCCUUUUGUAUGUUCAUG